UCUCAUCCAACUUAGCAACAUUUUGAGUUGCACACACACCAAACUACUCUACGCACCCAAAAAAUACAAACCACAUGGAUUCUCUUCUCCAAGCCUUGCAAACCAUACAACCCAUGACACUCUUCUUCAUCAUCCCGUUCCUCUUCCUCUCCGGCCUAGUCUUCCGAUACCGGUCUCGAAGACGCUCCCCCUACCCACCGGGCCCCACAGGCCUCCCCAUCAUCGGCAACAUGCUGAUGAUGGACCAAAUAACCCACCGAGGCCUUGCCAAGCUGGCCAAGCAAUAUGGCGGCAUCUUCCACCUCCGCAUGGGGUUCCUCCACAUGGUCGGCAUUUCAAACCCUGACGUGGCGCGCCAGGUCCUCCAAGUCCAGGACAACAUCUUCUCCAACCGCCCCGCCACCAUCGCCAUCAGCUACCUCACCUACGACCGCGCCGACAUGGCUUUCGCCCACUACGGUCCCUUUUGGCGCCAGAUGCGUAAGCUCUGCGUGAUGAAACUCUUCAGCCGGAAGCGCGCAGAGUCCUGGGACGCCGUGAGGGACGAGGUGGACACAGCGGUCCUUACCGUCGCUGUUCAGGCAGGUUCGGCUGUGAAUAUCGGGGAGCUGGUUUUUUCGUUGACGAAGAAUAUUAUUUAUCGGGCGGCCUUCGGGACGAGCUCGGACGAAGGGCAGGAUGAGUUUAUUGGGAUAUUGCAGGAAUUUUCGAAGUUGUUCGGGGCUUUCAAUAUUGCGGAUUUUAUUCCUUGCCUUGGUUGGGUUGACCCUCAGGGGCUCAACAACAGGCUGGCUAGGGCUCGUCAGUCGUUGGAUGGAUUUAUCGACAGCAUCAUAGACGACCACAUGCAGAAGAAGAAGAACAGUGACGGAUCGAAUGGCGGUGAAACUGAUAUGGUGGAUGAAUUGUUGGCUUUUUACAGUGAUGAAGCCAAAGUAAAUGAGUCUGAUGACAAUUUGCAAAACGCCAUCAACCUUACUAGAGAUAACAUCAAGGCCAUCAUCAUGGAUGUUAUGUUUGGCGGGACAGAGACGGUGGCAUCGGCGAUAGAGUGGGCCAUGGCGGAGCUAAUGAGGAACCCAGAUGAGCUAAAGAGGGUCCAACAAGAACUUGCUGACGUGGUGGGUCUUGAUCGCCGACCUGAAGAGGGAGACUUUGAGAAGUUGACUUACCUAAAAUGUGCACUUAAAGAGACACUGCGGCUACACCCUCCGAUUCCACUGCUCCUCCACGAGACGGCGGAGGACGCGGAGGUGGCCGGCUACCACAUCCCUAAAAAGUCACGCGUUAUGAUCAACUCGUGGGCCAUCGGGCGUGACAAGGACUCGUGGGAGGACGCAGAGUCCUUCAAGCCCUCUAGGUUUUUGAAAGAAGGUGUGCCGGACUUUAAGGGGAGCAACUUCGAGUUCAUUCCGUUCGGGUCCGGUCGGAGGUCGUGCCCGGGCAUGCAGCUCGGGUUGUACUCGCUGGAGUUGGCGGUGGGGCAUUUGCUCCACUGUUUUACGUGGGAGUUGCCUGAUGGGAUGAAACCCAGUGAGCUCGACAUGAACGACGUGUUUGGACUCACCGCUCCCAGAGCGAGUCGACUCAUUGCCGUACCGAGUAAAAGGGUGGUUUGUCCACUGUGAUGAUCUCAUGACGAGGAUGAGAAAAACUUGGUGUCCCAAAAUUUCAAGUAUACAUAACAAUGAAACGGCGACGCACAGGUAAAUUGCGGGGUUUUUUUCCUUUUUUUUUUUUUAUUUAAAAUAUUUGGGAACCCAGAAAACAAAUAAUUGAAAAGAGACUUUGGAAACAAGAAAUGAGGGAAUUUGUAUUGUCUUUCUUUGUGUAUAAACACUCUCUUUGAUUUGUUUCAUAUGUACGGAAAUUUGUCUUGGAUUUCCUUUCUUUUCCCUCUUUUUUAUUUUAUUUUAAUUUUCUUACUAUUGUAUUCAAAUAAUGGAUCAAUUUGAAAAUAUAUAUAUAUAUAUAUUUGUCACAGUGGAAAAAAUAUAUAUUAUCAUUGCAAACACUUGGUAUAUAAUUUUGUGUAAUUUGUAACGCAAGUGAAAGUGUUCUCGUGACUUUAGGGAAUAUUUGUGGCUGGAUGUGUGAAUAUUUAUAUUAAGUUUGUAUA